GUCCAGCGGAAGAGAAGCUUGCCACCUUCGAGGACGAAUACAGGCUGAUGACAAGCCGGCUUCAGAAUGUUGACUGGAAUUUCGCUACAAACAUGACGUUCCAAACCAGAGCCCUACGCGACAACUUCCAGCCAUUUUACAACGCGUGGAUGUCGUCAUGGAAGAAAUGGGCCAGGCUUUCACGGGUUACGAGGGAGCGUGUUCGGCGAGUUCCGUGGAAAUCAUCAGCAUGAUGAAAGCUGGCGUGGUCAUGCAGGAUCCCGAAAAGGCAAAGAAAGUGUCCGAACUGCGAACAGCAAUGAUAUCCUAUUCUGCCAAAAAGAACUACAAUGAUCUGGAGCGCUACAUGGCCGGAACGACCGAUCCCAAUCAGCUGAAGUUCAACUGGCUUCAUUGGGCGAAGUGGCAGAAUGCUUCUCAGGUUUUCUUCGCCGCUUUGGUGUCCAUGUUGAAUGAAGCAGCCGUUAGCAAUGGUUACCGCCACUACGCCGAGAGUUGGAACGAGGGCUUGGAUGUAGAGCAUGAGAGUGCCCGCCUAUGGGAGCAAGUGCAGCCGCUCUACUUGGAGCUACACGCUUACGUACGUGGGGCCCUUCUACGAAGAUACGGGAAGGAACUUCAUCCAAGACAACCGAUUCCAGUACAUCUCUUAGGCAAUCCUUUCGGCGAGAACUGGAGAAACUUGGCGGACUUGGUUGUGCCGGCUGACCUUCGGAGGCGCUCCGCCGAGCGGGCGCAGCCGGAGAGGAGCGGCUCGGCAUCCGACUGCAUGAGAAAGGCCGACGCCCAUUACCAGGCGCUCGGUUUCCCACCGAUGCCGCCCCUGUUUUGGAAGAACUCCGUCUUUGAAAGGCCCGAUAACUGCACCGCCAUGGAUUGCCACCCGACGGCUUACGACUUUGGCGAUGGCAGGGACUUCCGGAUCAAGGCCUGCCUGGUUGGUUCGAAGGCAGACGAAGAGACCGCCUUCCAUGAAAUGGGUCACGUACACUAUUUCUUGGCCUACCGACACCAGCGGUCAUUGUUCAGAACGGCGCCGUUAGCGGCCCUCCACGAAGCCAUUGGGGAAGCCUUUGGUCACGCUGCCGCCGUCUGCAGCAGUGGUGGGCCACAAAUCGAUGACACCAAGAACCGUGUGAACGUCCAUCACGACACUCUGGGCAGGUUGCUGCGAGAGGCACUAUUCAAGCUCGUGCCUUUACCUUGGAUUCUCUCCGUAGAAAAAUGGCGAUACGCUGUCUUUCAAAGGCGUAUCCCAGUUGCGAGCCUGGCCUCUUCACUAUGGGAUUAUCGAGAAAAGUUUCAAGGUGUGAAGCCGCCCACACCGGAGGCGAAGAGAUACUUCGACGUUGGAGGAAAACACCACGUGUCCCACUUCAUACCUUACUUCAGGUACUUUUUUGCACGCUUUUUUGACUACCAAUUGUUGAAAUCAAUGUGCCCCGGACAACGACAAAAAUCAGCUAUGGUUUUUUGUUGUGUCGACAGUGAAAGUCCAGCGAUUCGUAAUUUAAGGCACAUGAUGUCAUUCGGGGCGUCGAUUGACUGGCGUGAGGCAUUGGAGAUGGCAACAGGCACAUCGGAAAUUUCGGCAGAACCUUUGCUGGACUAUUAUGAGACACUGUUUGUCUGGCUGAGGCGAGAGAAUAUCAAGUUGAACAACUCGAUCGGAUGGUGAACAGCUUUUCCAGCACGAAGAGUAACCUGCGUUUCCAUACGUGCUGUUCCCCUCGCUUGUACGUCGGCAACGCCAAUUCAAGUUUGAAAACUGGCAACGGAGACAAUGCGGCAAGCACAAUAUAAGAUUCAUUAUGGCAAGAACAGAAAGUACGUUGACACGUCGU